GAGAACCGAUUAAAUAUUUUUACAUUGGUAAAGUAUAAAAAGGAAUACUUUCAAAAUGGCAGGCAACCAAAUGGCAGCAACAAGAAUGGCUACGACUUUCCCCUGUAAUAACUGUGCUGGACAAGGAAAGAACAAAAUAGCUGUUGGCUGGUGUGACAAGUGUAUGAAGUUCCUUUGUACCCCUUGCAAAAAGCGGCAUCAGAAAUUGAAAUUUUCCUCUAAUCAUAGCUUCAUGCCAGUUGAAGAUUACCACAUCUUUUCGCUCAGGAAGGAGCGCCCAAUAAUGUUUUGCCGAACACACCCUUCCAAAGUUAUAUCGAUGUAUUGUCGGUUUCAUAAUCAUACUAUCUGUGAUCUAUGUAAGAAAGACAUAACUCAUUUCAACUGUAAGACACUUGACAUAAACUCAGAUGGAACAGGUGCCCGGAACUCGUUUGCUAUCAAUGAUCUCAAUCAGAGGCUGAGGGAGUCCAGUCUUACAUUCGGUAAAAUUCUUAAAAAUAGAAAUAAGAAUUUGAAGGCACUAGAUAAACAGAAAGAAGUAAUUGUAAAUCAAGUACAAACAUUUCGUGAAAAUAUGAGGAAAGCCAUAGAAAUAUUGAUCAAGAAGCUCUUGGAAGAUGUUGAUAUCGACAUGACCGACUACAAGACAAGACUUCAAACUCAAAUCGAUGACCUUAAAGAAAAGAGAAAAGCAAUCGCUUCACAUCUUGAAAUGAUCGAGGAAUUACAGCUGGUCGGUUCGAAUGCAGAAACUGUUAACUUCAUUCAGGACUGUGCCCAUAUACAAACCCGGCACGAAAGAUAUCUGCUUAGCCUACCCGAAAGUGUUAAGGAUUUGAAACUCGACUUGUCCAUUAAAGAAAGCUUUCAGAAACUCCUCAAUGCUGAAAAGCUUGGUGGAAUUAGAUUAACAGAAACUGAGGUUGAAAUAGAUGUUCCAAAGAAUACGGAUCGGACUCAAAUUCCGUAUUCGGCUCAUCAGUUAGGUUUUGAUCCGCAUUUAUGUAGCCCUGUUCAUGUUGAUAUGGAUAUCUUAACCGUGAGAGAAAACGAGUAUAAUAAUUAUAAAAACAGAACCUUGUCACCGAUAACACCAAAACAGUCGGUCAAGAAUCGCCAGGAGAACACCGUCAGUUUCGAGCGGAAAGCUUUAGUUCCAACGUUUUACCUGUCUUCAGAUUUCAUUGUACCAACUGAAGAAAAAAAUGACGUCAUGAUAACAGGAGUACUAAUUCUUGAUGAUGGGAACCUACUACUGGCGGAUGGCAAGAAUAAACGUCUACUCAAUUGUACAGAAGAAGGUUCCAUUCUAGACGUGUAUCACCUUAAAGAUGAACCGUUUGACUUUACUUUGGUGGAUUCUAAUAGGGUUUUUGUUACACUGCCUUUUAAAAAAUAUUUUCAAGUGGUUUAUCCAAAAGAAAAAGAAAAGCGAAAAAUUGUAGAACUAACUUAUGGGUGCUUUGGAAUAACUAAAAUGAACAAGCAUUUAGUAGUGGCGUGUAAAACGGAAGGGUUAUUAGUAAUAGAUCAUCGUGGUCAAAUAUUAAAUACAAUUAUUACACCAGUUAGUUACCGUAACUAUGUUCAUUCAGCUGGGAAUAAAAUCUAUUUUACCAAUGACGAUGACAGUUCCUUCAUUUGCUUCGAUAGUUCUGGAGAUAUCAUUUACAAGUUUAAGUAUAACGGAUCUAUUUUUAAAGGGAUCACGUCUUUACCAGAGGGGAAAGUGCUAGUGAUCAAUUACGGGUCAUCGCCACAUGUUUUAGAAAUUUCGACAGAUGGAAGCAAGUUUUUGAUCGAUGAACCAGCUUUUGAAUGUUUGUCUUUACCGUAUGCUAUCAAUUACAAUAAAACAUUAAGAAAACUAAUAAUAUCAAGCGAAUGUGGCAAAAGAAUAUUUGUUUACAGACAGUAAUAUUGAAAUUGUGUUUGAAAUAAUUAUGAAAUUACUCCUUUUUAUUAAUUGUUACGUAUCGAUCUUUGAAUGCAUUUUUAUUUGAUUUUAGAAAAAUAAAAAAGAGCUAUAAAUAUAUUUAUUUUCUAAAUACUAAUAUGAAUAUACAAUAUAUUUACUUAAGGAAUGACUGUAAUAUUUUUUCUGUCUAUGAAGAAAUAACAUCAAAAAUGUGGUGCACACUGAAUAACCCGCGUAGCAGGUUAUUUUGAAGUGUGCACCACAUUUUUUAUGUUAUUUCGAAUAGACAGAAAAAAUAUUACAUUCAUUUCUUAUAAUUUAAUUCUAAAUUCCAUUUUAAACCGGAGUAAACCAUGAAAAAACGUUGAUGACGUCAAGGUCACAUGACAAAAUUAUGUCUAUGAGCUGAUAAACAAAACAGCGUCAGCCAAUCAGAAGAUGCGUUACAUUCAAAAUUAAAUUAUUAAUAUAUAACACUAAAGCGGGAAGAUAAUUUUUCUUUAAUUAAUUCUUUCUUUUAAAAAUACGGCAAUCACUUAAAUCAAAAGCAUACAUAAAACAGCUGGAAACGAGGCGAGGAGUAACUGACACAUACUCCAAUAUAAACCGUCCUAUAUUUUAGUCACAAUUGUCCUAAAAACACUUCUCGAUGCAUCUUACAUGGUAAUGGGGGCGUUGUUCGCUUGUAAGACGAACUUGGUACGAAAUAGGCUAAAGAUUCAUUUUUCGCAUUAUUAUACUGCAGAAAUUUUAAAGAACUAGAGUAUGAACUAAUACAUAAUCAUAAACAAGAACGAAGAGUGUCAAAAUUGUCCGUUCUAUGCCGUUCAUCCGCCCAUGUAGGUUUGUCUACAUCAAUUUUGAAGUGACACGCAUCAACAUAAUCGAUGAUGACAGAUGUUUGGUAGGCUUUGUUACAUUUAUACAAUAACAUAAACGGUACACAUUUUUCUGCACCAGAUGCGCAUUUCGACAAUCAAUGUCUCUUCAGUGAUGCUUGAGGCCAAAAUAUGCCACAAUAGACACCAGGCGAUUUACAGCUUGAUAUUUUGUUAAUACAUCUCUCUAUUGAAGACCGUAUAUUGACCUCUGGAUGUCUAUUGGUUAUUUUUAUUGUUGUGGUGUUAUCUCAUUGACGUUUACUCAACAUAUUCUUCUAUUCAAUUCCAAACUUAUAUCUCUGCCCUGUACUCCUCUAGGUCUAAUAUCGGCGAUUGUACCUCGGAUUUGGUUUCAUACAGCAACAUCAUGAACAGUACAAGAAGAAAAGAUCUCACCCAAUUUAUGUGUUUAUUAGUACACAAUUUUCUUGCAGAAAAUAAUAAAAUUAACAUUUGAAAAUGAAAUAAACAUUUGGAAAAGUUGGUUUAUGUUAAAUCUCUGAAUUUUUUGUUCAUUUUUUUUCACCACUUGUAUCGACUAGGAACGAUUUAAAACCGCUUUUUAUACUCAUCUUUUCACGGAUUUUCAUUUUUAUUUAUUUCUAUUCAUAUAUAUUUAUUGGUUUGAAAAUUGUUAUAAAAAAAAGUAAAAUAACAAAAUUAUCGAACUCCAAGAAAAAUAGAUGUACAUUUACCUAGACAUGAACCAUACUGCUGAGCAAAUGUAGUCUAGGUACUUCAAUGCCAUAGCUAUUCGUGAAGUUCUUUUUUAUUUUAAGAACUGAUAUUAUAAGUCAGAAACAUAACCGAUGUUUAUAUCAACGUGUCAAUGAUUCUCUGUAUUUACUCAGCAUUCUGUCAACACACUUUCAUGUUAUGGCACGGAAUAAUACAGUUAACCACAGAGGUGAUUGGUAUUGGUUUGUGAUAGCGCUUGUGAAUGUUUUGAUAUAAGUAAUACUCAUGAGCACUGCAGCAUGUCAGGCCAAUACUUUAUUUCAUUGCUGGUAUAAUGAAGAUGCUUGUGUAAUUUAUACUUGCCCACCUCGUAACCGUCGCAAUUUAUGCAGAUGGUGUGCCAAUUUGGUACAUGUUAUGAAACAUGUAGUUUAACAAAUGUUAAGCCCAAUUUUUUGUGUUCCUGAGAUGUAAGAGCACCUACAUACUUUGAUCAAGGAUAGGACUCAUCUAGAUUGCUCAGCAGCUCGCUCUUGUUCACGUCUGUUAUAUAAAAUUGAUGACUAGUUUGCAAAAUGUAGGGAAAAACCACAUAUUUAUCUUAACUACAUAUGACAGUUUCUUAUUCAUUGAUUAUCGGUGUCAAGUAUGUCAUAGGAACCUCUGGCCUUUGUUAGUCUUGUAUGUUUUUUAAUAUUGGUUCAUUUAUAUCUUUCGGAGUUUAGUGUGAUGUCCAUUUUCGCAGACCUAGUAUACAUUAUUGUUUAUGGGCCAGAUGAAGCCCGCCUCUGGGUGCGGGAUUUUCUCGCUGUGUUGAAGACCCAUUGGUGGCCUUGGCCUGUUUUCUGCUCUUUGGUCGGGUUGUUGUCUCUUUGACACAUUCCCCGUUUCCAAUAUCAAUUAAACAGUAAGUGAACAAUGUUACGACAGACACAUGCAGGACCUUUUCUGUUAUUGAAAUUGAGAAAGAAGACACGGAUCAGAAGUCACCAGAACAAACCUGUGUAGUUAAAGUGAAAGACGUAUACGUGUUUGUUCAAAAUCUUCUGGGAACGAUUACAUAAACAAAUAUGGACGUCAUGAAUCUGUUGGAAACGAUGUAAAAGAAUGAUAUAAUUAAUUAACCUGAUUUAAGCGAAUGGUUGUCUAAAUCUGGUUCCGAUAACACUUGCCUAACGUUUUAGUUCUACGUGUACUAUCUUCCUUUAAAAAAUCAAUUGAUAGUAGAACAGCAACGAACUAGCAGCAAACUGUCGCUUCCAUCAAUUGAUUGAAGUACAGAACUCUCAACCAGAAGAUUGACUGUGAUAUAGAAAAUGCGCUUCUUUCGUUUGAACGUUCUGAGGGAGGAGGCGCUUGUUU